AUGGUUCAAACACCUCAACAACGCCGCGCCAACGAGCGCUUCGCGAAGAAUGAAGCUGCAAAGCGCGGCAAGGCUUCCGUCACCCGCACCAAGUCGGCGCCCGCUAAAUCCCCCAUCUCCCUCGGCUGGGUUGCCCUGCUAGCCUUCGUCGUCUGCGGUGGGCUCUUCCUGGAACUUUUCCGCAUCGUCCCCGAGAUAUGGGCAGCUGUCGCCGCGUGGUUCUCUAGCUUUUCCGGAUAA